AUCUGUGUUUUUUGUCAAUGAAAUGAAAUUCAAUUGGAAGGCCCCAGGCCAUAUCGCCCGCAAAAAAUCCCUCAAAAUCAUCCGCACAGUUUUCGUAUGUGACGUCUUUGCAUUCACCCCUCGCCCCCAUUUCGAUGCUUAGCUUUCGACUUCUUUUUGGCUCUGACAUAGACGACGCAGCGUAGCUGUGGUCAUCGUAGUUGUUUAGGACGGAGCGCUAGUUCACUCCGACGAGGCCGCUUUGUGCAGUGCAGAGGGCAAGAGAUUGGAGAAGCUAGGCAGUUGCGCAUGCGCUUAGGGUCUAGUAUAGAUGUCUCGCACGGCCGGAUGGUUUUUAAAUGGGGGCGAGCGAGGUGCUGAGGUAGGUAGCAACUUUGGCGAGGCACAAAGAGGAGGCCAGUGAGGCGGUGUGUGCACUCAAAUAGCUAAACCGCCACUACUCGGUGCUGUGGAAAGCCAUAUGCAGUUGCGCGCCCCCUCGUCUCCUCUGGGGGCUUUAGCAAGCAGCGUCAGCGCCAGGCCAACUCCGGCAAACGGGCCGACGGUUGGGCGGCAAGUACUUAGAAAACAACCGUAGCGGGAGCAUGCAUUUUGUAAAUAGGCCCCGGCACAGCGGCCGACGCUCCAGGUCCUGGCCAAAAAAACUGCCAGUGCCGAGGCGGGGCCCUCCCGGCCGCCCGCCAAGAAGGGGCGGGGCGGCGGGCCCGCCCCGCCAGGAUCGGGCCGGAAAUCGGCGCCAACGGGGCGAUGCAGAAUUUCCGCAGAAUUUGUCGAUGGCCCGAAAAAUGGGCGCUGCAAAAUCGUCCGCAAAAUCGCCCGCAAAACCUCCCGCAAAAUUUCGCAAGGGCGCCGAAUUCGGCCUCGAAAAAUCGCCCGCAAAAUCGCCCGCAAAAAUUAUCCGGCCGCAAAAUCGCGGCUCAGAAAUCGGCCGCAAAAUCACCCGCAAAAUCGCCCGCAAAAUUUUAUAGGCGAAAUCGCAUUCCGUCAAUUUUCAAUGUUGUCCACUCUCAAAUCCAGCAAGGAUACCAAUGAUUGAAGAUAGUAGAGAGACCUAUAGUACUGACAGCGACUUGGCUCAAAGUUGUGGUAAAAGCUGGGCGAAAGCUAUAGGGGCCAACUUUUUUCGUGAAUCUGCACGCUAUUGCAACGGCAACUUGGCUCAAAGUUGGCUCAAAGUUGGGUCGAAGCUCUAGACCUAAGCAUUUUUUUGCUUCUAUUUUCUUCUGAAGCACGACACUAUUGCAACAAAUCUGUGUGAUAUGAGCUCUAGACGUUCACAGACGGCGAAUUGCAAAUCAGCAUGCUAUGACUGGGAAAAGUUGGCUCAAAUAUGGGUCAAAGCUCUAGAGCUUUUUUUACAAAAUGGCCCGCAAAAAACGCCGGAAAACCUAGACGAAUCAACUUCCCAGGUUGCCUAUGAGGACGAGGGGCGCCACGGGCCCAAUAGCUUCAUCCCAGUUGAGCUCUUCUGCAGGUCAAUAACGACUGCGAAACUCCCCGGGGUAGCUACUCCCCCAGGCGGAUUUUUUCUUUUUUGCUUUGCCCGGGCGGCCGGCUGCGAAAAAUAAAAACCUGGCCAGAAGAACGAGCAGAAAAACAGAAACGCGCGCGCCGCCACUGCUUAUAUGUUAAUAUUUCAAGUCCAGACGCGCCGCCGCUCCGGGCCAACGAUCAAGACGCAAGAAAACGUCGCUCCGGCCCCGCAAGCGAGCUUGGGCGCCGCCCUGCCCGGCCGCCUUCUCUCUGGCUGGGGCCGGGGGCCCGGCUGCCCGUGGAAACAGAAAAGACAACCCCCGGGGCGCGCUGCCUCCAAAUGGUAUGCGCAUCGCCCGGGGCCGUUUCCACUGAUUGGCAAAGCACCUCGGCCACAAGGCGGCGGACAAAAGCCGCCGGCGCCUCUUUUCCCUUUUACUUAGUUUCAAAAACCUCAACGCAUACCCUUCGGCCAGCCUGCCCACUUUAUACUCGGCUAUGCCAAUGGGCGGGAAAACAAAAAAACCCCGGAUACCUGCUGCCCGCUGGCCACACGCGACACGCAGAGGGGACUUUGCCGCGCCUUUCCCAGCUGCGUGGCGGGACAAGCCGAAAGACGCCGGCGUGUCCGCGCCUUGGGUGGCCAACCAGUCAGAAGCAAGGGCGGCCCGGGCGCCCGCGCCCAUGCCACCGCCCAAGCUACUGCGUCGGCUAAGCCGGCGCGCAACCGGAAGGGCUGCGGCCCUUUUUUGGUUCAGAGCUCCUCUCAUCCGGGCGCGGCCACCUGGGCACGCAGCAAAAGAGCUAGCCCCGCCCUUUCGUCCGCCUAUUUUUAUUAGACAGAACCUUUUGCGGCGCUGGGCGGCUGCAGAGUUUCGUGCGAGUUGCUGCGGGCUUCUUCAGCUGCUCAGCCGACAGAGGGAGAACCCAAAUCCCUGCAGUCAAAGUCAAUUUUCAAUGUCGUCCACUCUCAAAUCCAGCAAGGAUACCAAUGAUUGAAGAUACCAAUAGCAUAGCGUGGUGCCUGUGCUUCAAGAUCUAUCAUCUCCCUCGCCUGGCCACCUCCUCAGGCCAGGGCAUUUUCGCAUCCCAAGCACCACGCUGCUCUCUUACCUGGCCCAAAAAUUUGCCAGGCCAGGUAAGAGAGUGCCGUGGUGUUUUGGCCAACUUUUUUUCGGCUGGCGCGGCCUUUUUUCCUUCCAAACGCCAUGCUAUGCUCUUACCUGGCCUCAAAGUCUGGAGGCCCAGGUAAAAGCACAGCAUGGCGAUUGUGCUAAAAAAAGUGUCUCUUUCUCCUGGCCACCUCCGCUCUUCGGGCGGGCCAGGAGGGACGUUUUCGCAUCCCAAGCACCACGCUGCUCUCUUACCUGGAAGGCCAGGUAAGAGAGUGCCGUGGUGUUUGGGCCAACUUUUUUUGGGCCGACGCGGCCUUUUUUCCUUCCAAGCGCCAUGAUAGGAUCUUACCUGGCCUCAAAGUUUGGAGGCCCAGGUAAGAGCACAGCAUGGCGCUUGUGCUUCAAGAGUGUCUUUUUCCUCUGGCCACCUCCUCAGGCCAGGACGUUUUCGCAUCCCAAGCACCACACUGCUCUCUUACCUGGCCCCCAAACCCGGCAACCCAGGUAAGAGAGUGCCGUGGUGUUUGGGCGAAUUUUUUUUGGGCCGAUGCUGUCUUUUUUUCCAAGCGCCACGCUAUGCUCUCACCGGGCCUCAAAGCCUAGAGGCCCCGGGAAGAGCACAGCGCGCUGUUUGUGCUUCAAGAUCAUCCUCCUUAUCUGGCCACCUUCCCGGGCCAAGACGUUUUCGCACCACAGGCACCGCGCUGCUCUCUAACCUGGCCCCAGAACCUGACAGCCCAGGUAAGAGAGUGCCGUGGUGUUUGGGCCAACUUUCGCGGGCCGGAGCAAUCUUUUUUCCUGGCGCCGCGCUAUGCUCGUAGCUUGGCGGCCAAUCUAUUUUUGAUCUAUUCCGCCCAAAUAUCUAGUCGAAGAAAUUCACUACCAAAAAGUCAAUUUUCAAUGUUGUCCACUCUCAAAUCCAGCAAGGAUACCAAUGAUUGAAGAUAUGGGUUCUUCCAUCCAACGAAAUGAAAUUUUGGAAUCUGCACAGCACAAUUUUGGUCCAUUUACACAGGAAGAAUUUGCAACAUCGAUGAGUCAUACUGAUACUAGUUUGUCCAGUCAUCGUCAGGAUUUUUUGGCCAGCAUCUUCAUGCGGCUGCAAAAGGCAAAGCGUUUUCAUUUGACACAUACAUGCGCAUAGCAUAGAACGUGGAUAGUUUUUUUCGGAACAAGUUGGCAAACUGUACAUUCAUUUUGGUAUAUUAUGGGGACGCGCAUAUUUAUAUGAAACCACUGAGUGUCAGACGACCAACAUAUCAUGCAACUGCACCAUUUUCGCCACUGAAUUGGAGCAUUGUUCUCGACGCAUCAGAGUCAUCUUAUCGUGUUCACGAAACGUCAACAAAACAACAAUCGGUAUACUUUUGCUAAAUGAUUGUCUCAACACAAAAUUACUAUCGAGGGAAACAACGGCUGAAACCGAAACGCAAAAAAGGCCGAGUUACUUUCUCGUUUACUCAAAUCGUCGUAUAGUAGAAAACCAAGAUAGCUUUUUUUUAUUUGUCCUCCCCAUCGUGCAUGUAAUCCAAAGACAGAGAAGUAGGAAAGAACCACCGGUGCUGUGGCU